AUGGCGAACACACCCCCGAACUUAAGUCAUUCGGCGGAUGCUGAUAAACCAGCUCCGGUUCCUGAAUCUCUGGUUCCUCAAUUCGGGAAAAAAUUGAACUUACACUCAACAUCUACUUCGCGCAAAAAGAAAAGCAAGAGGCCACCGGAUUUCGGUGAAAAGAUCGUUUAUUCUAGAGAUUGUGUUGCUAGAUGGUGGCCUGUUGGGUCCGGGGGGGAUGAUCAUAUACGUAAGUCAUUUCGUCUGGAACGCACCUCCAACACGUUUUUCGAGCACGAAAGAGGGGGGAAACCAUUUGUUUUAGUUGAUGGGAAUCCGCCGGCAGGUCCUCUAAUUCUGACUGACGACAAUUAAAUGACUAUGCAUUCCAUUUAUCUUCCUGAGAUAUUUUGGUGAGUAAUGGCUGUUUGGCUGUCCCACAGAACGGAAUGAAGUUACGGAGGGGUCACAAACGAGCCCGUGGGUUUUCAUAGCAGAGAAGGUACAGCAGGAUCUGGUUUUUGCAUUGCAGAACUUGAAGAUUGAAUUGGAAGGGGGAGAAUUCACACCUUUUCUUUUUGCUCGCAUUGGAAAAAUUUCUUCCAUGGGUAAAUGAUCAAUUACUGUUACAACUUUUUUUGCUUUAGUUUUUUCUCCUUGGUAAUAUAUUGCUGCAUCGUAGACAGCCACCCUGCAUUCUCUUUUAUGAAUUCUGUGUCCACCUGGUUUGUGCAAGUACCUAUAAGAACUCUGAUUAAAUCUCAUCCAUUUACAUACUUACAGUAAAUUCAUCUUUUCUUUUUGUUCCUGAGGCAAAUUUAAGAUGCUUAUGUCAGAUAAAGAUCUAAUUUAGUGGAAGACUUUCUUUUACUUUUUGCAAAACUAAAACCUUUAUGGAGUCGAGAACAGUAGUUCUGUUGUAAGCCCAUCUUUGGGCUGACCAAAUCAACCCCUCUGCAGUGGCUCUUCGACCUCUCUUGAAAUCCUCAGAAGCGCUGCCUGGAAUAGACCCUGGAAAACAUUUUACACAAAUAUUCCCAGUGAGUUUAUUGAAGAAAUUGUGCAGGCAAUUGUCCCCAAGAUUGGAUUUUAUUUUCACAAAGAGAAGGAUCAUUAUUAUGUGAAGGUACCUCUUUCAAUUUACCGUCAACUUGUGGUUGAUUCUCUGUGAAAGCCAUUGAUUGUGAGCUAGUUGGCAAUAGUAGAUUACUCCCUGCCAGUGGUUUUUGAUUUAUUUUGGCGUUCUGACCAGAUAAGUGACAAAAAUCAACCCAAGACCACCAUCACAUGCAAGUGCACUGCUGCAAAAGAUCUUGGGAAACUGAAAAUGUAUAAGGUUAGCAGCAGCGCUUCUUUCCAUGAUUUCUCCUCAUUUUUCUUGUUUAUAUAUACAUCCGGGCUGUGUUUCUAAUCGGGAGCACUCCAUUCUUUGUUAAAUGAGACUGGGCAGUGUUGAUUAUUCCGAUGGGUGGAGUCUGAUUAAGACUAGACAAGUGAAAUGUGGUCUCAGAUCUGAUUAGAAGGUAGUUGACUAUCAUGUUCAUCUAAAUGUAACUACCAUAUGGGUUUGCAAUGGGGGUGAUCUGCGAGCACAAAUAUGCUAGAGUACAAGAUGUGAAAGAUCCACAACAUGUUUAAAACACUUGUUAGAAAAAGUCAAUGCUGUCGGAUUAAAAAAGAUUAUAAGUUUGCCUUUUGAUACUCUCUUUCUCCAAACGGAGGUUUCUGCGUUUUAUUGGUAUGCAACUUUUUGUGACAGACGUUGCGAAUAUGUUGCGAGUCAUUAAAUGUGUUUAGUGUGUAAGAUUUGGACUUCAGUCCAGAAGGUGUUAUUUUUUCGCUUUAUCUUAAUAUUCAUUAAAAAUCAGUCACCUGUUGUGACAGUAAUCUUGUCCCUCAUGCCAGUUAGCCGUGGUUUAAUGGUGAUUCAUUACUUCUGAUUUAUAUCAUUUUCACACCUCCAGCAGUCUGAAGUAGCUAACUUUAUGAUGUUUACAUAUUAAUUUAUUUUUUAAUUCGAAAUAUUUUGAGUUUUUGCAGAUUCGAUCAAGUCUAGUGAGACACAUGGUGGAAGAUAUAUCGUGUCUCGACAAGAAUCUGGACUUGAGGAUAAUGUUGUGCAAAAAACGGAAGCUUAUGGAAAUAGAAGUGGGUUUCUUCCACUUUGUGUUUGUAAAAGUUUCUCUAUAUGUGUUCACAAGUUUUGAUAUUGAUUACAGGAUGAGGAUAUGGAUGCUAUACGCAGGCUAGUUGAGGAGGCAACCCUUGAUGCCAGCGUGAAAGGGGGCCUGAGGUGGCCCCUUGGGAAGGAGGAGUCUUCAGAGGACAGGUUCACGGUUGUAGGCGCCUGGCAUACGAAGCACAGGAAGUUCAAGUUGCAGGACCUAGAUAUAAGCCUCUACCUGAGAUGUGCGGACAGAUUUGAUUUCGUAACCUCCAAAGGGGGAAUUUCCAAUGAAGUCACUCUCAAGAUACACGAAGCAAGUGGGUGGUUGAAGGUAAGUAAUACAUGAGAACGGGAAAUAUGGCCCAAUAUGCUUGUUCUAGUUGUGCUUUUAGGGUUCUAGUUGUUGGUCAAUGCCAAGGAGCCGCCGUACAUGUUUUGAUGGAAUAAAUCUACAGAUCACAUACCAGGCAGUUUACGAUUAUGGCCCAACAGAAAUCAGGGAACAAGCUGUUAUGAUACUGCUUCUGAUUCUUGAGGCCUUCUCAGAAGGUCUAAUUUGGUUUUCUUCUUCCAUCUUUAAAAUAAAAUUUUCCUUUAAUGGGAAAAAUGAUGCGUUGAUCACUUGAAGAUGUGUGUUUUCCAGUCUCCCUUGAACGUUUCUCCUGAUAUAGUGGCUGAAACCAGAUUGUCUCAUGACAUCCAUAUUUUUCUUUUACAGGAUGAUAUCUUGGAUGCGGCCUACAUCUCUAAGACGCUUGAAGACGCAGUGAAAUUAGCAUGGGAAAAUUUUUUGGACUGCAGCUAUCCGUUAGGUAAUUGA